GCGUCGGGGGCAGCCACCGAGGAAGAGUUGAUCAAGACAGCCCCCAGGGAGGGAACUGCUGGCGGUGGUGAUGUUGCGCGCGGGUUUUCUAGUGUAGCGAUCUGAAAGGGCACUUUUUUUUUUUUUUUUUUGCGCGCUGGCUCCCGGUGCCCCACACUGGCCAUGCGCCCGGCCUUCGCGGUGGGCCUGGUGUUCGCAGGCUGCUGCAGUAAUGUGAUCUUCCUAGAGCUGCUGGCCCGGGCACAUCCAGGAUGCGGGAACAUCGUCACGUUUGCGCAGUUCUUAUUUAUUGCUGUGGAAGGCUUCCUCUUUGAAGCUGACUUGGGAAGGAAGCCACCAGCUAUCCCAAUAAGGUACUAUGCCAUCAUGGUAACCAUGUUCUUCACUGUCAGCGUGGUGAACAACUACGCCCUGAAUCUGAACAUCGCCAUGCCACUGCAUAUGAUAUUCAGAUCAGGCUCUCUGAUUGCCAACAUGAUUCUAGGAAUUAUCAUUUUGAAGAAAAGAUACAGUAUGUUCAAGUAUACCUCCAUUGCCCUGGUGUCUGCAGGGAUAUUUAUUUGCACUUUCAUGUCAGCAAAGCAGGUGACUGUCCAGUCCGGCUUGAGUGACAAGGAUGGAUUCCAGGCAUUUGCAUGGUGGUUACUAGGUAUUGGGGCACUGACGUUUGCUCUGCUGAUGUCGGCAAGAAUGGGAAUAUUUCAAGAGACUCUGUACAGACAGUUUGGGAAACACUCCAAGGAGGCGUUAUUUUAUAAUCAUGCCCUUCCACUUCCCGGCUUCAUCUUCCUGGCCUCUGAUAUCUAUGAGCAUGCUGUUCUGUUCAAUAAGUCCGAGCUCUAUCAGGUUCCAGUCAUCGGUGUGACUAUGCCCAUCAUGUGGUUCUACCUCCUCAUGAAUGUCGUGACUCAAUACGUGUGCAUCCGGGGUGUGUUCAUCCUGACAACAGAGUGUACCUCCCUCACUGUCACACUGGUUGUGACUCUGCGCAAGUUUGUGAGCCUCAUCUUUUCUAUCUUGUACUUCCAGAACCAGUUCACUAUGUGGCACUGGCUGGGCACCUUGUUUGUCUUCAUUGGGACUUUAAUGUACACAGAGGUGUGGAAAAACCUAGGGGCCACAAAAAGUCAGCUGCAAAAAGAUGACAAGAAGGACUGAGGUCUGCCUGGGACAGACAGACGGUGUUAUGCGAGAGUGGCCUCUGUUGCAGGUCUGGCCAUCAUUUCAGUUUGGCUGAUGUCAAACUCCCACAGUGUUGAAGGAGACAGGCUCCGGAGCUUCCUCUGAAAGACCGACUCAUCUGCUUUCAUGGCUACCCAGACAGCACUUGUAGACUCCACAUGGGCAUCCCUGAGAUAGAAUAAACAGAACAAGGCUCCCAGCAGACUGUCGGGGAGCCUCUGCUUUUGCUUUUCUGUUUCUUUACCAGAACCAUACUUGUUGGAUUCCAAGUCUCAGAGCUUCUAGUUUUCUACCUGUGCUGCACUUGUUGCUGCCGUUGACCCUUUGCUGUGGCGGCCUAUGGACUCUUUCCUCCCAUUACCCCUCCACACUUGAGCACAGCCAGUGUUCCAGGCACAGUCAGGCACUGAACGAUCCAGUCGACGUUCGAAAAAUUAGACCUCAGGAAUGAUGAGGCUGGACUCCUCCAGCGGUUGGGGGAGAAGCAGGUGUCCCCAUGAGCAGAGAGCCCUUGAGGUACAUGAGCCAGGUGCUGGAGAUGCUGGAGAUGCUGGUGAUGCUGGAGAUGCUGGAGCAGAUCCCACCACCACAUUUCAUACUAAUUGUGCAAUCAGUGCAGAGAUCACAUGCUGCUUUCGCUGCUGCUUUCUGUAGUUAGAGCAGUCCUCCAGCCCUCAUUGCACAUUAGAAAGGAAGAAGUGAGUGGAGAAGAAGGAGACCUUUGUUUUCAUCUCCCAGGUGAAGCCCCUUGGCUUCCUUGUUCAUGGAGAUGAAGAAGGGAGUGUGGCCCAAUACAUCUCACUCUUUCAGCAUCCUGAAAGUGUUGCCCCUGUGAACCUGGCCACACACUUACAUGCGUUUCAAAUGUGUGUCUGUGAGAGGUGUUAAGGCCUGGUAACCAGAAGAUACUUAUGAAAAUUAUCACCUGUCAAGUCAUCGAUGAUUGAUUGAUUGAUUGAUUGAGACACAGGUGUGAGUAUGGUCAAACCCCAGCUGCCACAGGGUGGAGUCCUGUUUUCCCAUAGAUCUGGGACUGCUUUUGUGAGUGCAUGAGAGGUAGUAUGACAUAGCAUGUUUACAUACAGGACCAGGCCUGCCUCUUUUCCGCUGAUCACUCUGAAGGUCUGGUUUCCCUCUCUUGGAUCCUCUUGAGGAAGAGUAACCCUGUCACAUAGCGCGUGGUGCUUGUGUGCCCUCAGCUGGAUUGGAUGUGACUGAAGAACAAGGACGUCCAUGUUACUUCGUUUCCUCUUUUCUUCACUUGGAGCCAGACCCUCAUUACCCUCACCUAGCCAUCUGUCCUCUGCAAACAGCUAAACCCUCGCACUGUUUCUCUCACACAGACGACAGCCGUCCGUUCUUUCUCUUUGUGCUGACUGUGCUCCGAGACUGAGGUGUGGCUCUCCUUCCGUAACUCCUGGGCUCACUUGUAGUUCUUUGCAGCAUCUGAAAAUGCUCUGUGAUGGGUCUGAACAGUAGCAGCAGAGAGAACUGUCCUCUGGGUUCUUGGGAAGGCAGUUAAACUGCUUUGCUUUUUUGUUACAUUAAAUGCAGAUACUGUUUCUCCACUGAA